AUGAACACAGCUACUACUCCAAGCGGUGCUUCCACCCCUAAGCCAGCAGGAAGAACCAUCUUAGCAUCAACCAUAGCUAAACCUUAUGUUGAAGAGGUUGUACAAGAAGUGUCAAAGCUUGAUUUCAAGCCAAAGAUUGUUGGACUUCUUGCUAAUGAGGAUCCAGCUGCUAAGAUGUAUGCUAGUUGGACAGCCAAAACAUGUGAACCUUUAGGUUUUGAAUAUGAAUUACGCAGCGUGGGAAAGAACGAAUUAGAAGCAGCUCUUAUAAGAGCCAACAAAGAUGAUGAUGUUCAUGGUAUAAUGGUAUAUUUCCCAGUAUUUGGAGAUUCUCAGGAUACUUACUUACAACAACAAAUCUCUCCAGAGAAAGAUGUGGAGGGUUUGAAUUUCAUGUAUUACCAUAACUUAUACCAUAACGUACGGUUUUUGGAUCCUCCUCAUAAUGAACAGAAAUCACUUAUUCCUUGUACAUCUUUGGCCAUGGUUAAGAUUUUAGAGUACUUGGGAGUUUACAAUACCUUAUUACAUUAUGGGAAUCGUCUCUAUGGUAAGAAGGUUCUCGUAGUGAAUAGAUCUGAAGUUGUUGGACGCCCAUUGGCUGCAUUACUAGCUAACGACGGUGCUACUGUUUAUUCUGCAGACGUAACUGGAAUUCAAAGAUUCACAAGGGGAGACGAUCUCCUGGAACAACGUCAUAAGGUUGAAGACUUGAAUUCUUCCGAAUAUUCCGUGGAAAAGGUGGCUCCUUUUUGUGAUGUUAUCAUAACAGGUGUACCCCUGGAAAACUACAAGUUCCCCACAGAAGUUGUUUCAAACGGAACUGUUAUUAUUAACUUUGCUAGUUGCAAGAACUUUAAUGAUGAUAUUAAAAUGAAGGCUGGGUUGUAUGUUCCUUCUAUUGGUAAAGUGACAAUUGCCAUGCUUUUAAGAAACUUGAUCCGUCUUAUCAAUAACAGACAGAUUAGACAAGGAAGAUUAGCUUCAAACUGA